AAGGGGGGCCGAGGCACGAUGGUAUAAAGGACCGGGAGACUCGUCCGGGCAUGUCCACUCUCUCACCCCUCCAGCUCCUGGCUGCUCUGCUGCUCCUGACGGCUGGACACAGGACUCCUCCGCAGCCCCCUCCCCUCUGAUGGCGGCGGUGCCAUGGGCGGCGUCCAUGCUGUUGCUCCUGGUGCUGCCCUCCCCAGGCGGGGCCUCGCCGCCCCCUCAGCACCUGUGCGGCUCCCACCUGGUGGACGCCCUCUACCUGGUGUGUGGCUCCAGGGGCUUCUUCUACAGCACCCACCGCAGCGCCAGGAAGAGAGACCUCCAGCCCCUCGUAGGGUUCCUGGCUAGGAGGAGCAGGCUGGAGUCCAGGCUGUGGAAGGGACCUUCGGAGAAGAGCCGCGACAAGCUCAAGGUGAAGCGAGGCAUCGUGGAGCGGUGUUGCCACAAGCCCUGCAGCCUGUACGACCUGGAGGGCUACUGCGGCUGAAGGCGCACUCCUCCUCGCCGUCAUCCCCCACAGGCCGCGCGAGCAGCCUUGGAGCCGCACGGCGGACGGACGCGCCCACGUGUACGGCUGUGUGUCGUUUCUAGUGAGAAUAAAAGGCUGCAUGAUCUGAGGACUGAGGCUGUC